AUGGGAUUUAUUGGCAAAAGUGAGGAAGUUCAAAAUGCACUUGUAAAGGGUUUGCAAAGUAAUGUAAAUCAGCUUGAUAAGCUUUUGAAAGCAUCUUGCGGAGAUAAGGGGUGUUGUGAGUAUAAUGAUGAAAAGUUCAUUAAGGAACAACUUAAAAGUGUUCAAAAUAAUUUUAAGGAAGCUGAAAAAGAUGAUAAAAGGCUUAAUAACAUCCUUGCUGAUGGGAACAUUACACAACUUCAAUCUCAAUUGGUACAGCCUAAAAAGCAAAUUCAGCAAAAAAUUGAUGAGCUUAAUCAAAGAAUUUCUGAGCUUAAAAAAGCUGAUGAAAAUGCCAAAAAAUCUGGUCAGUCUCUUCAAAAUGCCUCUGAAAUUGACAAGCUUAAUAAGGAUCUUGACUCUCAUAAUGCUUCCAAGAGGUCUCUUGAGACACUAAGUGGGAUUUGUGGAUAUGCUGUUUCACUUAUUCAAAAACCUAAAAAUGAUGGAGAAUGUAAAGAUAUUUUAGAUAAAUUGUGUUCCGGUCUUGAAAAUUUCCUAGGCUUCAACCCAGAGUCCAAAGGCUACUCGGGUGAUGGCAUCGUGUACUCGGACCUUGACAGGCUGUGUGACGGGGUGAUGUCUUUCCUUCAUGGUGUUUUACAUAACAUUCAGCCUAAAUUAGGCUUACAUAAAGAUAAGAUUACAAGAGCAAUUGAGUCUCUUAACACUCAUAAACACACUGGCAAAGAGGGUUUUAAAAUUGCGAUUGGCGAAGUGGUCCAGGGGGUGAAGCAGUAUAAUGAGGGUGUUGUAAAGUCUAAUAAUCUUGUGAAGGAGCCCAUUGAAGAUUUACUAGGCUUUUUAAGAGAAGAUGGUGACGGUAAGUUUAUUGUGGAGUAUAAUAAAAUUCAGGUUGGGAAGGUGUCUGGAGAUCCCAAGGCAGAAGAUGAGCAAGUGAAAUCUGCUGAUGGACUGCUGAAGACGUGUCUUAGGAAUACUGAGACAUUUCGCCGCGGCAUUGAUAAUGCUGCUGAAAACGUUUUAGACUUAAAUAAUAAUUGCGCAAUAAAAGUGAAACAUGCUGUUAGUAACAUUGAUUAUGAAUAUGACCGUCUUGCCACCUUGUCCAACAAGGAGGAGGAGGACCGUCUGGCGGUCGAAAAAAGGGUUAAUGAGCAGCUUGGAAAGGUGGAAAUAGCCGUCAAAAACAAGGUUGCGGCGGAUAUAAAAGUCUUCAGAGACCACGUGAUUGACAAGUUGAAGGUGAUAAGAAUCCGACUUCAGCAUGUAGAGUGGAAACUAGCGGGGUAUGUCACUGGAGUUGAAAAAACGUGGAAAAAGGAUGCUGAAAGUAUUGUAAAGGAAGUGGAGGAAAAACUAGAAAAAGCAUUGGAACAGGUUGACGGUUCAACUAAGUCGGUUAAUAAGAGCGCUAUUGACAAUGCUGCUAGGGAGAUUGAAAGGCAGGCUGAAAUACUCAAGCAGAAAUUUGACGAAGUGAAAAGGCAGUAUGAGGAGGCGUUUAAAAUCAUUAAAGGAACCGAAGGAGUUGAAAAGAGCGGUGUGGUGAAUCAGCUCACCGAACUUUACGAGACUGUAAAGAUGGGAGUGCCGGCAGAUGAUUUGGUAAGGUAUACAAGUGGUGAAUGGGACGUAAAUAAGCAGAUUGCUCCACUCUCGGGAGCGAUUCAAAGUAACGUGGAGGGAUAUGUUAAGACUCUUUGGGACGCCGUAGCGGCCGGUAUGCAAGGGGUGGAUGAUGACUAUGGCGCUGGCACCAAAGGUGUUGAGGCCUUGCAACGUCACGUUGGUCUUAAUUUGCAAAAAUUGGGACUGUUUGGUACGACGCUUCAGGAUGUGCUUUCGAAGGUGCUUCAGCAGGGCUCAAACAGUGAUCUUCCUAGCGAUUUAGAAACAGUUCUAUAUUUUCUGAAAGAUGCCAAAGUAAAUUGGGAAUCAGCAAACCCACCACUGGAAGAUCUCCUCAAGCCACUUCAAGAGGCUUUCAGCACGAAGGCUAUCGCGGACGAUUUCAAGACUCAUCUCCGCGACCUCCUGAAGGAAACCGCCGAGAAAGGAAUCGGUAAGCUUAAUGACCUAAUUAAGACACAGGUUGUUGACACAAUAAACCAAAAGGUGAAACCACUAGAAGACAUACUGGAAGAGAACGCCAAGUUGGCCAAAACAGAGCUAGAACAAAAAGCUCAGGAAAUAACCUCGAGACUUCUAUCCAUAUGUAAAGCUGUCACGGAACAAGGUGGUGGCACCAAGGACGAAUUGCAGGUGUUGAAAAAUCGAACUAGGAAUUUUUUCGAAGGUAUCAAACAGGACGUCGAAAGAUUGAAGACAGGAAAGGUGGCAACAUGGAUUUCAGAGGUUGGGGAACUGAUCAAAACCGAAGUGCCAAAUUAUGCCAAAUCAGCCAUAGAAACCAUUAACAGGGAACUAACUACGCAAGUUAACAACGCCAAAACAAACAUCCUAAAGACCGUCCGCAAACGCUACGUCACCUCCAUCCAGUUGCUACUUAAUCAGUUCGCCGACAAGGUGGAGACCGAAUUAAAUCCUUUGCCUCAGCAAAUUGAAGACGACAAACACAUAGGGUAUAAAGGCUUCAUGAACACACUCUCUGGUUACAACUCGGGGAACAAUCUGAACAGGUUUGACGGCAAUAACAGUGUUGAGACAUUGUCCUAUGCCUUCAGCGCUUUUGGGGGCCCGGUAAACAUGUAA